AUGGCCAAUCACCUCAGACCUCUGCUCAUAACAGCAAACUUUGGAGGUAUUCCUAUUCCCAAAAUGAUGGUAGAUGGAGGUGCAGCCAUUAAUCUUUUACCUCACAGAUUGUUGAGCAAGAUGGAAAGAACAGAGAAGGAUCUAAUUCCAACACAUUUGACUGUCACAAACUUUGCUGGGGGCAUCACCAAGACUCAUGGAAUCCUGAAUAUGGAUGUCAUAGUUGGAACCAAAGAAUUAAAGAUUGCAUUCUUUAUGGUAGACACUACUUCUACAACUUAUAAUGCAUUGCUUGGCAGGGACUGGAUUCACCAAAGCUUAUGUGUCCCUUCCACUCUACAUCAACAAUUAGCCCUCUGCCAUGUGUUUUGA